AUGAAUGGCAAGGUUUUUCGGCCCGGAAAUGGAUCUAAAGGGGACGGUAAAGAUCCCAUCAUUCUUCAGGAAAGGCUAAAUCACACCAUAUUCUUCAACUUCAAGGCCAGAGCUAAAGCCUUCAUAGGUGGGCCACAUGUCACCCUCACCACAAUAGCGGACACCAAUUUCCUUCAUCACAUUGUGCCAAUGGUCCAACGCUGGAAUGGACCCAUAUCCCUGUGUGUUUUCGCUCCGGGUGAUCAUUUUGACUUGGCCGUGCGACAGAUUCAGUGGCUUGUGUCUUGUUCCAAUACUUCGUUGGUGCACGAUUGGGUCUCGUUCCACUUUGUGUUCCCCAAAGCCUUGGGUCCAAACAAAAUCUUCAAGUGGAACAACAUUCCCGAAAAGGGAGAAGACCCUUGCUUCGCGUAUGAUGUUCGCAAGGGCGAAACGACAAACAUCGUUACCUAUAAGCAACGUUCGGCCCUGGUGUUCCCAAUUAAUCUGCUUCGGAACAUUGCCAUGGAGGGAGUUGCUCUAGAACUUUUCGGCUCAAAUCAGUUUGUGUUCCCAUGUGACAUUGAAAUGAUCCCUAGUCCGAAUUUGGCCACUAAAUUCGAGGCCUUGAUUGAAAGGAUGGACUUGUCUGAUCGAGAGCAAAGAGUGGCCUUUCUCUUGCCAGAAUUCGAGAUCAAGGCUGGCGAGGCUUUACCCGCGAACAAAACGACAUUAUUGCACGAAAUGAGAAGGACCAAGAACGUGGUCAUGUUUCAUCAGAAAACCACCGGAAUGCUCCACGUGAUCCCAUCUAUGAUGGACUGGAUCGGGACUCCAGAACGCGAUGAUUCAAAUUUGGAGCUCUUACCCAAGCUCGAAGGACCAAUUCCGGGUCGAUGGGAGCCGUUAUUUAUUAUCAGACAAGAUAUCAUGCCGCACUUUGACGAAAGAUUGACAUGGGAGACGAAAUCCGACAAGGUCCUUUUGGCAAAUGAUAAAGAUGUGCUUCUUGGGAAUUCAAUUUCGAACAUUGAGCAACGCAUUCUCAACUCAUAA